UCGAAGAAAGUAUGAAUGUAUUGAGCUCAGUGUAUUGAAGUGUAAUAAGUGAAUAUGAGGUUGACAGAGUAGGUUGUUGGCGCACUCCUAUAUAAAGCUGAGCAGAUGCAGGUACAUCCACGAAGUUCCAGAGGGCCAGAAGAGAAACAAGUCUUUCUUCUUUUCGUUCACAUUGAAAUACAGGAAAACACAAUGAAAGGAAUUCACUCUCUGGCUGGACUGCUGCUGUUGAUUAUUGUUCAAGGUAGCUGGCACAUCCCUCUCCAAGAAACAGGAGAUACCUCUAGGUUAUUGAAAAUGACAGAAGCUGAACCAAUUGAUGAGCCCGAAGAGCUUUUAAAUGUGAAGCGUCACUCACAAGGCACAUUCACCAAUGAGUACAAUAAAUAUUUGGAAACGAAACAUGCUCAAGAGUUUGUUCAGUGGUUAAUAGGGUCUAAAAGGAGAGGAGGAAUGACAAGACGCCAUGCUGAUGGGACCUACACCAGUGAUAUCAGCUCCUUCCUGCAGGACCAGGCUGCCAAGGAAUUUGUUUCUUGGCUGAAGAAAGGAAGGGGCAAAAGAGAUUAUCUACAGGAAAGCAUUGUGGCUGAUGAUUUAUGUAGAAGACACGCGGAUGGAACCUACUCCAGUGAAAUUAAAACAGUUCUAGACAGCAUUGCUGCUAAAGAGUUCCUAAACUGGGUCAUGAACUCUAAACCUUCAGAGGCAAGUGAGUAUCCGUGAAGAAAUACCUUUGCUCAGGAAAAAUGUUUCAUACAACAAUGAUUACCACAACUGGAAAACCUUCAAAUCACCCUGGAACCAAUACUGCUUUGCAUGCAAUUAAAUAAGUAAAUGUAUUAUUAUGUCAAGAUUCUACAAAUAAAUACGCCUCCAGGAAAUACUCUUUACAUCUUGAAAAAAGAAGCACAUCUCCUCAACUCAGCUGCUGUGUAUGAAAAGCAAAUAGUGCUCCCGGUUAAGAG